CGAACUUGGAAGUUGAGAGUUCAGAAAGUGGAGCAGAAGGGGCUCAAGACAGCCCCAGACCGGCUUGCAUGCACUCCCCCUGCACUCUCUGGGGAGUGGUGGCCCCUUCAGACGUAGGAAGGAACGGUGGAAGCUCCUAAAGAAGUCGGGUCGACACAAGGGGCCGAAAUUAUCUUCAAAGCCUGCGCUUCAUGAUGGAUAAGAGACGUGAAGCUUAGACGCUAAAGCUGGUUCCUGCCGCGGUCAGUGAUUCGGGCCUGGUACAAUGGGGGUGGUGUGUCUCAAGUGAGAUGCACUGGCCCGCAGUAUUCCGCCUCAUGUGACAUUCGUAGAAGGUUCGUAGAGCUGUGAUUGUUGAAAGCUGAGUGGCAGGGUAAGUUUCCGGAAAAUGGCACGGGGUAGGCGUGCUCCGUCAAGAAACAGCAACACAAUGCUGUCCAUCAUGGUGGUACAGGCCUUGACCCAGUUCAUGAAACUUGAGCAGAAGCCUCCGGUCACGGUAGCACUGAUCCUCAUCAACGCGCUCAUCUUCUUUCGGCCCGGAGAUCUUGUGGAGAUUGUGCCGUCUGUUGCCGAGAUUUGCCUAAAUCCAUACUUGGUGCUUAAGAAUCGUGACUGGAAGCGGCUCCUGUUAUCCGCCUUCAUGCACGCUGACGAAGCCCAUCUUACAUACAACAUGGUCUCUUUCCUUUGGAAAGGGGUACAACUGGAGGGUGCGCUUGGCAGCGCCCAAUUUGCCAAGCUGAUAGCCCUGCUUACACUCCUCUCGCAAGGAUGCACCCUGCUGGUUGCCAAACUCAUAGCGGACCAGCUGGGAAUCAGGGAACCGUUCUACCACCAGUGUGCUGUCGGGUUCUCGGGGGUCAUCUUUGCUCUCAAGGUGGUCCUCACGUGGCACUCCCCCACCUCCAGCACCAUCGCCGGCUUCAUCAUCCCCACCCGCUAUGCUGCAUGGGCGGAACUCGUGGCCAUCCAGUACGCGACUCCACAAGCUUCCUUUGUGGGACAUCUUGGCGGAAUCUUGGCUGGAUUGAUACUGGUCUAUUUUCCGAGGAUCUUGCCACGUGGCCUGCCCUUUGUGGUGGGGCUGAGAGCACUGGCCCCCACCACCGUGGCGUCAGUGCAGUCAGGACGAGUCGAGGAGCAGCAGGCGCCGCAAAGGAGGACGCGAUGGUUUUCCAGCUGGGGUACCGCAGGUUCAACGGAAGCGCAUGUGCGGGAUCGAGGGAACGCAGGCCUGGGGCAAACAGGCAGCCAAGAAGGUUCGGGAUUGGGAGCAGGGUUACGAAGUUUCUUCACAGAUUGGAUCAACCCUCGGAGUACACAGGUUGAAUGGUCUUGCCCAGCUUGCACCUUCAGGAAUCGAGGAGAAGCCGACUUUUGUGAGAUGUGUGGGGAAGCCGGAGGCACCACCUCUGGCAUGCAUCAACGAACCCCGAGUGCAGUGCAGCAGAGUGAUGCAAGUGACGGUUAUGAAAGGGUGUCUCCUGCUGAGAGUAUACGAAGGCGCCGUUCGGAAAGGUUUGGUGAAACUUCAACGGCUCGGAGAUAAUCUUGCACUGAAUCACUCUUAAGUUAAGUUUCAGUGAAUAUAGUGACAUCUGGAUGUUUCGAUGUUGUUGAGGGCUGUACUGGCCUGAACGAUUGUUCUUUCUCUGUGAGAUGAUCACUGCACGUCC